CUAAGAGAGCCAUGAGAUCCCUCUUAAACACCACCAAAUCCUCAAGAAAGAGAAGGCAUAUUAGCAUCAAAUCCUCGAGAAAGAGAAGGCGUAUUAGCGCCAAAUCCUCGAGAAAGACAAGGCGGAUUAGCGUUUUCCAACGCCUUCCCUACGGUACCAAUCCACCUGCCAACGGCGAUUCGAAGCCGAUCCAGUCCGCUAAUGCUAGACGCCGAGAUUCGACAAGCAAUCAGAUGUUCCUCGUCAGGUAUGUUCGCAACGGAAACCUCGAUCACGCUGUAAUAACAACCGAAAACAACAAAAACAAUUCUUUCAGGCUAGUGCCGGACGACGAUGAUGAUCUUCCUCACAACUUGUUGUCUUUAAUCAGAGUUGAAAACUACGUUCGCCUUUAUGAGUUUUCCAGGUACCCCGUUAUCGGAAGUUGCGACUCCUACAUCUGGGUGCUCGGACAAAAUCGUCAUCCAUACGACCUUGAGAUUGAAGAGAUGGAAUUCCCAAAUUUACCUAGGCUCAAGAAGUUAGCAAUUGAAGUUAAAGGAGUUGGUUGUUGGAGCAUCCGUUACUUUGUCCCAUUGAUGUAUGCUUAACCAAUGCUUUGUGAAGCUGUGUUCAAGCUUAAACCCAGUGUUCUAAAGCAAGAUCAAUACGACGACCAAACAUAGGAGAAUGACGACACGAUUGCCUCAAAGUGUUUGAAAUAAUUGGUUUUGAAGGCACGGAAGUCGACAUCGAAUUGUCCCUAUAUGUGCUUGAGAGUGCCGUUUCGCUAGAAAAGGUGGUUAUUAAUGGCCGCACUAAAACUGGAGAUCAAAUUGAUUAUGUGCUUUCCUUGGUCUCCAACUGUUGGUGGUGGUGUUGAAUUCUUAGCGCAUAAACUCAUUAGCCACUCUAAAAUUAUCUCAAAUUUGGGGUGGAAAAUGUACUUGAUGUAACCUAGCAAUUUAACCAAAUAACUUAUUUGUCUGGAUAUUAGUGGACUAGUGGACUGAUGUAAAAUUAGCGGGGUGAACUUCAUUUAGAGGUUUGAUUUAGUCGAAAAAACUCAAUAUAGGAGAGUUUUGAGAAAAUACG